AUGGCUCGGCCUAUAUGGAUCUUGCAUCUAGUCAGGCUGGAGAUACCGUUGUGCCUGGUCAUUGCUCUUUUCUCCUUUAGGGCGGAAUGCAGCGUGAAGUUUAUAGCCGGUGAGAGCAGGUUCAACCGGAAGUACUUUGAAAACUUUACGUUUACUAUUCGCAAUGAUAAAAUUUUUCUGGACAUGUAUCUGCGAAAGCCUCUGGUUAGGGGCUGGAGAGCAAGAUUGGACUUCAGAACACGUGGGAACUCCAAAAGUUUCCAGAGUCUCUUUUCCACCAAUAUCGACGUGUGCAACAUCGUUAACGCCGCCAAGAUCAACCUGUUCAAGAAGUGGUACAAAAACCUUCUCAAGUACGGAAACUUCCUCCGCCAGUGCUUGAAUGCGAGCCCUAUACUGAGGGACUGGCAGUUCGGGAGUUGCCGCUUUUCGUGCAUGGAGGCAACUAUGCAUAACAACUAUGCAUAA